AUGUUAUGCUAUCAUUCUUUCUUUCUUUCUUUCUAUUUUUUACUUUCCCUUUUAUCUUUCUUCUUCCUCUCUGUCUGUCUCUCUGCCUGUUUUUCUUUCAUUCUCUCUCUGUCUCUCUCGUUUGUCUCUCUUUCUCAUGAUUACUUCUCUGUUUCUGAUAUGCUGUUACAUGCUGAGACUUAUUCCCGACCACUCAGUCACUCUCUCUUUCUCUUUCUCCCUUUCAUUAUGUUUGAUUAUGUAAUCAUUCGUUUAUUCACACUUCCUCUCUUUUGCCUCUCUCUAUCUUGUCCAACUUAUAUACACAUAUCUCUCCCAUCCCACACGCAUUUAUUUUCUGUCGUACUUUUUUCUCAUUCUUUGCCUUUCAUUUCUCAUUCAUUCUCUUUCUCUUCCCCCUCUCUCUCUCUCUCUCUCUCUCUCUCGCUCGCUCGCUCUCUUUCUUGUGAUUCGUUUUCUCAUUUGAUUUCUUUCUUUUACCCACUCGCUGUCACUGUCUGUUAUGAUUAUCUUCCACUCAUACACGCACUCUCUCUCUCUCUCUCUUUACCCCCUCUCUAUCUCUCUUUCUCUCUCUCUUUCUUUCUCUCUUUCUUGUGA